GGGAAGGUUUUAAAUGACAGGGUCAUCAAAAUGGCGCUACCCGUAGUUUACACGAAUUUUAAGCCUUUUUUAUGACAUUUUUUCCUCGUAAACAUGCUCUAAGAUUCCUAAUCUAAUACUCAAAUAAAAGCCUAUAUGUGUUUUAAGGUUUAAAGACAUAGAUGCAUAUAGCAGCAUGUCGGGCUCAAAUGUUUGGACCAGAAGCCGGGAGAAAAUGAGAAAUUUCAGCGACAUCUUUUCAAAGUGUGCCGACGAGGCUGCAGCGUAUGGAAAGUGUGUCGCAGCAACAACGGCAGGCAGACAAGAGCUGAAGAAGGACCUGUGUGCCAAAGAGUUUGAGGCUCUAAAGACCUGCUUUGUGAAGGCUGCCAAACGUCACGGCAGAUGACAACAAAUAAAUAAGAGGAGAAACCAGCCUGAAAACCCGCAUGUGGAAUCAUUUAUUCUUAUUCUAAUCCCUGAUUCCUGUCAAUAUUUUACCUGAUGCAGUUCUGUGGAGCUGGAAAGUAACUGUAUAUGCUGUAAACAUUAACCAGUGGUUGAUAUUUUAUUAGGUCUUAUGUACAGAAAUAAAUUGCACAUAGAAAAAUACUUUUGGACAAAGUCAAGAUCUGGAAUGUUGAACCUCUAACAAAUAAAGAAAAUUUCUAAAAAGUUGUUUUGGAACAUCAAAA